AUGUCUUCUGAUCUCCACUCUUACGGCACCACUUUCCACACACAUUCAAACUCAGACUUUCUCUCCUCUGAUGGAGUUGGAGACCUUCCUUUUCUCUCCGAUUCUUUUCCUUUCUUCCCCAAUUCUCCCUCUAACGUAGCUCAAGACAAUUCCAAUUCUCUCCCUUCUCUCGACCCAUUUUCCCCUUCUUUUUUCUCUUUCUCCCCUCCAAGUUCCCACUUGGAAAGCCUCAGCCUUUACCAUGCCAACCGCGUGCAGCCUCUGUCAAAUGGCCAAAACUUGGCGAACGAGUUUGGAAGUUUCUCAGUUCUUGAUGGGUCUGAAGUGAAGAGUGAGGAAUGCCAAUUGGGUGUUGAUUGUGUCUACGCUCAACAACUCCUUCCUCACAGUUACAGUGGUGCUGAAAAUUUCUCCAAGUACAUGCAGAGAAGCUUCAGCAGCAACUCCUUUGAAGGAAAACCUGGUUUUCUGUCACAACCUUUCGGCGAUGCUCUUGUGGACUCUCCAAAAUUUCAAAGGCAUGACUUGAGUUCCCCUGAAGACACUCUCUUUAGCGGACAGAUGAGAAGGGUUUGCAGCACAGGAGAUUUGCAGAACAUGAAGGAAAAUCACAUGUCUCCAACGGAGGCACCGUUGUUGGAGGAAUCGAACUUCAAAGUGGGACGUUACAGUGCGGAAGAGAGAAAAGAAAGAAUCUCCAAAUACAGAGCCAAGAGAACCCUGAGGAAUUUCAACAAGACCAUUAAGUAUGCAUGCCGCAAGACACUAGCAGAUAAUCGACCACGCAUACGUGGCAGAUUCGCCCGCAACGACGAACCCAUCGACACUCCCAAGGCUUCAUGUUCAACACGAGACGAAGAUGAUGUUGAUUUCUGGAUUGAAGAAUUGCGAUUGCAUGAAGAGCAAGAGGAUGUAACAGUGGGAGCAGAACAAUAUUUGAGAAGCUAUGGAGCAACCCAGUUUCAGUAUGGUGGCUUUUGA